AUGGAGUGGUCAAAUGAAUCAGUACUUGAAUUUUUAAGAUUAUAUGAACAAGAAUCUGUUAUUUGGAAUUCAAAACAUUUAAAACAUAAAGAUCGAAAUGCAGUUUACGAUGCGUGGUCAAAUAUUCAAAAGUCCUUCAGUCUUCAAUGCACUGUACAAGAGCUGAAGAAGAAAAAGGAGUCACUUAUGUCUACUUUUAGACCACUUUUGAGUAAAGUCAAGGCUAGUAUGGGAACAGGCUCAGGUGCCGAUGACGUAUAUAAACCAAAUUGGUUUGCCUAUGAAACCAUGGCAAAAUUUUUAGUUGGAGUAUCUCAGCCUAGGUCAACAAUAAGCACACAGGGCUUAGAAGACACGUCGACAUCUGUAGAUAUGAGUAAUACUGAAAAUAGUACUGAAAAUCGUAGUGUCGAAGAAAAUUUAGAUGUCAGUCCGUCAUGUAGUAUGGAUAGCAGUUAUACACCGUCUAAUAAACAAAAUUAUAAAAAACGUAAAUUUAAUUCAUCUGAAGUCGAAAAUCGUAUGGAGGAUGCCUACAAGAUAAUGAAAACUGUGUGUGAAAAACAAAAAAAAAACGUAUGCCAACUUUAUGGAGAACUUCUGGGCGAAAAAUUAAACGAAUUUGAUAAAAAAACACAAUAUUUUUUAAUGCAUGAAAUCGACAAUUUAAUCUUCAAAACAAAAUUUCAAACUGAAAAUACUUCUCAACCGAUUCAACCUAAUUACUGUUUAGAAAAUCUACAACAAAAUGUCCCCAGUGUUUCAUAUAAUCCAUAUAACUAUCCUGCUUCAAUUUAUUCAACAUCACCAUACUAUUCUCAACCAUCAGCUGGAGUGAAUACCGAUGAACCGAAUGCUAGUAAUAUCCAACAUGGAUAUCAGUAA